UGUUCUUUCUGUGUAAUGCACUCAUGUAGGCACUAUGUGAUCACAGCUCCGUCACAUUCAGUGCGGGGAUCCCAGCAGAAAGUCUGUGUGACCUUCCUUGAUCUGGAUGGGCCAGUUGACUUCAAAGUAGACCUGCAUAAAAAUGAACACACUCAUGUCAUUGCUGAGCACAAAGUAGACACCCCGGAUUACUCUCACUGUUUCCCCUUCCAGGUUCCUGCAGAAGAAGAAGACUACUCAGUCUGGUCUCUCCACGCAGUUGUGCAUGGGGAACACCUCAAUGUCAAUGAGACCAAGACGAUUGUAAUUGUCAGUGGACGUGAUGCGUGCUUCAUCCAGACUGAUAAAACCACAUACAAGCCGGGUGAUACAGUGAGGUUUCGGGUGAUAUCUGUGGACGCGAAUUUCCAUCCUGCACCAAAAACGAUUUCUGUGAUUAAGCUAAAGGAUCCAAACCAGAACCGCAUUGGACAAUGGCUGAAUGCACCUGUUAACCAUGGGAUUGGUGAUUUCACUUUCCCUUUGUCCAAUGAACUAUCUCUUGGAAGAUAUACAAUUGACAUACCUUCUGCAUGUGCAAAAGACUUUACUGUGUCUGAAUAUGUACUGAAGAGAUUUGAAUUUCAUUUGAAUGUACCAUCCCCUAUAGCAGUGAUAGAUAAAUCCUUUCACCUGGAGGCUUGUGGCAGCUACACCUAUGGAAAACCAGUACAUGGCUCUGUUAACCUUACAGUCUGUCUUGCCAGUGCUUUCCAUGCAUGGCAAACUGAGAGCAGCAGUGAAGAAGAUGGUGGACACUCAGAAAAAUGCAUAAAACUACAGGAUGUUAAGACUGACAGCAAAGGAUGUCUGUCCAAGGAGAUUGACCUUAGCUUUUUCAAACUUUCCAAAGAAACUUCAGAGCAUUUACAAAUUUCAUCCUCUCUGAUAGAAGAUGGCACAGGUCACAUUGAGACAGCCUCAGCUGAAGCCUAUUUCAAUAAAUUCAAAUCAAUUACAUUUGUGGAUCCUGGAUACUAUUACACUGCAGGUGCUCCAUUACAUGUCAAGGUGCGUGUUGUUGAUGAGAAAGAACAGCCCAUGGCUAAUGCAGCCGUAUCCAUAUAUCAGGAGGGAAAAAGGGAAAAGAUUGCAGAUCUGGUGACUGAGAGUAAUGGAAUUGCUCAUUGUUCACUCAACACUUCUGAAUGGGACAGCUAUAUGUCAGUAACGGCAAAGAUUUCAUCAGAUGAUGGUGAGGAAAUUUAUUAUAGUCUUCACCGGGCACAAACAUUUGUGGUCAACUUUUACUCUGAGAGUCACAGUUUUGUGAGUCUACAAAGCAAUUCUGAUAAAAUUCCCUGUGACUCCGAUUUGCCUGUGACUGUGGAAUAUGAUAUCCAUGGCCUGGAUCCUAAAGAUGAUCAUCUCACUUUCUUCUACUUUCUGUUGUCUAAAGAUGGAAUCAAUUCUUAUAAGGAACAUAAAUUAGACAUUAAAGAGCAUGUAAAAGACCCAAGUCUACACGGAUCAUUCACUUUAAAUAUCCAUGUAGAUAAAAGUUUGGCCCCUAUUUUUGCAAUUUUAAUUUUCACUGUAUUGCCCAAAGGAGAAACUGUUGUAGGUAGAGCACAAUACAGAGUUACAUCCUGUACCAGGAACAAUGUCCAUCUCAGUUUCUCUGAAGCUCAGGUCCGUCCUGGAGAAAAGGUGAAUCUUAAGGUAACAGCAGACUCUGGAUCCUGGUGCUCCGUGCGAUCUGUGGAUAAAGGUUUCUUACUUCAUGCACCACAUGAAGACUCCUUAUCAGAUGUUUUAUCUAGGGAUAGCCACGAAUUUAUUGGCUCAAGACCACCUGGUUAUGAUCCAUUUUCUGAAAUAGACCCUGCAAAGCACCAAUGCCCAGAAAAUGAGACUGCUAUACAAAAUAUGUUUGAUUUACAAUUUGAUGCUUUCAUUAUGUUUGCGUUACACAAUCUAAAAUUUUUUACCAACACUCGCAUAAGUAAACCUCCGACCUGUGUUCCAAUUGGAUUCACUGGACGCUCUUCAGUGCAUCGAAAAAAGGAGAAAAGCACAAAAGAUCAAGAGCUGAAGAAGCCUCACACAAGAGGAUACUUCCCAGACACCUGGUUGUUUGAUUUAGUCUCUGUGGGCCCAGAGGGACACACAGAGCUGAACCUGACUACCCCUGAUAGUAUCACCAAGUGGAUAACUGAUGCCGUCUGCCUGGGAAAUUCUGGAAUUGGUGAGAUAAAGGAUGUUGGGCUCACCACCUUCCAACCAUACUUCAUCGACCUGAUAUUACCCUACUCUGUGGUACAAGGAGAGACAUUUACAAUCCAAGCCCUGGUGUUCAACUAUGUGAAGAGCUGUGUGCUGGUGGUGGUAACACUGUCUGAUUCAGAGGAUUUCUUAACUGUCCAAAAGAAGGAGCAGGCCAGAUGUAUAUGUGAAGGCCAAUCAACACACUUUACCUGGGAAGCCACAGCCCUACAUAUAAAGAACUUAAAGAUCCAUGUGAGCAGCGGUUCUCUGCAGUUGGAAGGAGAAUGUACUGAAGAUCCACUUUUGUUGGGAAAGGAUCGUAGAGAAGACUCUAUUGAGAAAACUGUUGUGGUCAAGGCUAGAGGCCAUGAAGAGCAGAAGACAGAGACCUUCCUUCUUUACCCAGCAGAUACCAGUGAGAAAAUCCACGUUUCCUUCCAUGUGCCAGAGAGAUUUGUUCCAGGCUCCGCCCGUACACACAUGAUUGUUUUGGGUGAUCUCAUGGGUAAUAUUGUCAUUAACUUGGACAAUAUUGUAGAUAUGGCUGAUGGAUGUGGGGAGCAGAACAUGGCAAAGCUAUCUAGAUAUGUGUACACAAUGCAGUAUCUACAGAGUACCAAAGAACUAACUCCAGAACUCAAGGAAAAGGGAGUGAAAGCCAUGAUUAGAAAUUACCAGAGACAACUGACGUUUAAACAUGAAGAUGGCUCAUAUGGAGGGUUUCCAGGUGGUCCUGGAAAUUUCUGGAUCACAGCGUUAGUAUUAAAGACUCUUAGCAAUGCUCAGGACUUCAUCCCCAUAGAUCAGACCAUCAUUCAGCAAGCUGUGACAUGGCUACAGAAUAAACAGUUACCAAAUGGUUGUUUUAACGAAUCGGUUCAUUACUUUAAUAAUGAUCUAGAGGUAUGUACAGAUCUAUUACAUGGAAGCAUUGUGGAGAAUGCAUUGAAAUGUUUAAGGAAAGAAGCACACAGCAUUACGUCUCCCUAUACCCAGGCUCUUCUGGCCUAUGCCUUCACUCUGGCAGGAGACAGUGAACUAAGACAGGAGGCGCUGAAGCAUUUGGACAAGACUGCCAUAAAGAAAGAAGGAUUUAAGCAUUGGGAAACACACAUAUACCACCGUGUAGACAUUGAGACAUCUGCCUAUGUAAUUCUGGCUUUGCUUUCUGAAAAAACAACCGCACAGAAAGAUGUUGAAGAGAGCGCAGACAUCGUCCGUUAUCUUCUAACACAGCAAAAUCCAUGGGGAGGAUUCUACUCGUCUCAGGACUCUACAGUAGGUAUUCAAGCUCUUGCCAAAUAUGCCAAGGCCACUCACCACAAGAAGGGAGAUGCAACGGUUACAGUUGAGUCAAAAUCCGGGUUCCACAAAGAAAUUCAUGUGGACAAAGAUAAUAGUGGUCUUGUGCAGACAGUAGACCUGCCAGAAUUCCCUGGGGAAUAUACAGUAACUGCCACUGGAAAAGGCUGUGUCUAUUUACAAUCACAUCUGCAUUAUAACAGUCAUCCUGACCAUUCGGAUGACCACUUUUCCGUCAAUGUCAGCUCCCAACCAGCCGUCUGCACCCAUGAAGCACAGACAAAGUUUGAACUCCACGUGGAUGUCAGGAGCCAGUGCUGGAAGUCGGAAGUGCAGGACAGGGUUGGCAAAAGAAUGCUCAGAGAUGCUGUUUGGUUGGGGACUAGUAUUGCUCCAUUGAAUGCAACUGGAAUAUUACCUAAAGAACGUGCAUUUUCAGUAUUUUCAGUACAGGAGAUAAACACAAAAGGAACUGGAAAAAUUGGUGUCAUGGAUAGUGCAAAGAGAGAACAUGAGGGAAGGAGGAGUCUCGUCUUGAAAGAUUAUGUCAGCACUUGGAGGCUCAGUAUCUCCUCUCUCAUUCAUGUAUUGAUAGGGGACUGUAGCUGGAUGUGCAGAGUUGCAUAUACAAACGAGCAACUUCAGAAUUAUUUGGACCAAAUUGCAUUGCCACGUUUGCCUCAAGAAGCUGUAUAUAUUCUCGAUGCUCCAUUUACAUUGGAGGAGUUUGCGGCAGCAAUUUCCUUGUUUCCAGCCUCUAAAGCUCCUGGAUGCGAUGGAAUUCCUGUGGAAGUGUACAGAAAAUUUAAGGACUUUUUUGUUCCUUAUUUGCUAGAUAUGUUUAACUCAUAUGAGCAAGGAUCAAUUUCUCCUUCUAUGUGUGAAGCAAUUAUUGUUGUGUUAGCUAAGACGGGAAUGGACCCCACUCUGCCAGAGUCAUAUUGGCCUAUUUCACGUAUGACCACAGAUAUCAAAGUAUUGGCUAAAAUUAUAGCACUCAGAUUAAAUUUAGUCAUUACUUCAAUUCUGGGUGACAUGAAGUGGCCGUUUCUGGGUGGCAACUGA